AACCACCGUCGUUCACCUCAACACCCCCACCCUCCAGAUAAUGCUAAUUAGAACUCUACACCCUCCUCAGCCUUCCACCUCACUGUGUUCGAGCAGCUUUCUGUCAGGCUCUCACGAAUUGGUCCUCGGUCGGAACACCAUUUGAAAAAGAGGAGGAUAGUUCAUAUGCUGGGAGAGGCUCUUGACUGUUCACGCUGACUGAACAUCAUUACCCGGCUUUCAGCCAUAAGCCUGUCCCCAUGGAUUCACCCACUGAACGCCUCCCGAUUGCCUGCCUUCACUGCGCCAAGGCAAAGGCGAAGUGUGACAAGAAGGUGCCUUGCUCAAGAUGUGUCGUCAAACAAAUUGUCUGUCAGUCUCGAGCCACCCGGCGCUCUUCACACAAUCCCAGUCGACGAGCCAAUCUCCCACCUCUUACCAGGCCUCAUUCAGAGCGAGCCUUAACCAGCUCAACCCCAUUCCAAGUUGCCCAACUUUCUCCUUUUGCUGCACCACCACCGCUGCCCAUGAAUGGCAUCUCACCGCAUACCAUGAGUCCCAACAGAGUACCACCGCAACGCUUGAAUUUUUCAGACAACGGGCAUGCCAUUGCUGUUGCGCCAGCCGUGUUCGGACCAGACAUGGACCAUCAGAUGCUGCGUAAUGGGUUCACCCAGACCCCGCCAGACAUGGCUAUUCCGAUCACUCCCAUGAUGCCCAACAUGCCCCAAAUGGACAACUUUGUCCACAUGCAUGGCUCUGCGUAUGAUCAAGACGCUGAUAACCAUUUCUUUGCCAUGGGCAAUGUGCAUACGAACAUGAUGGAUUUUGACUCCAACGUCUUGGAUUUCAUGUCACCCCCUUCAGCCAUGCUCCACGACCCCAAUGACCCAUUUUUCAUGAAUGGGAAGAUGGGUGUGCACACCCCUGACCACCUCUCGUUUUCCAUGCAACUACAUGAGGGGGCCACGCCGCUGGGUUUGCGGCUGGAUUUGGAGAGUUCGCAGCAUCUUUCACAUCGACCUCCGAUUGGCCUCUCUCCUUCCAGCUCCUCGUCAACAAGUGGCCUGCAGGAACCGGAAGCCGUGCUAGCUGCACAUCAAGCAUGGCCCUUUUUCCAAUGUAACCGCGUAGAAAAGUAUUCCUUUGCUCCUCCCAAGACUGCUGCCAUUUAUCUGGAAGGUCUUGCCCAGACCCUUCGAAACCAGGCCACAUGGACUGCAUGGACAUCCCAGCUUGACGGCUCUACACUUGACAUUUCGACAGAACGGAAAAUCGCCACUGAGCCGAUCGUCGGUUGGUCGAGAGAAAAGCUGCUCGCAAUCACCCAAGGAUUCCUCCACAAAGCCUUGGACAUCCACAAGGCCGACCAUGCUGCUCGAGAGGAAACACCAUCAAGCCCGGACUCCAGUCGGGACACAUUCCUGAUGUUACCACCUCCUGAUGUGAUGCAGUAUUUCCUGAGAAGUUACGUCGUUCGAUAUGAGCCGUACUAUUCCUCGGUAGCUGCAGGCCGAUUGGAUCCCAACAGCCUGAUGCAGUCAAACAACAGCAAAGCUGCCAGUCUCCUGAUACUGUUGAUGGUCGCUUCUGGAGCUUCAGCAACCGCCACGGUCGAAGCCCGAUAUGUCACCAGCGGUCUGACCGAGGCUUGCAGGAUAUCCCUCUUUGACACGAUCGAAAAAGAUGUCCUCCAAUCUCGAGAAGUCUUGGUUCUUCGGUCCGCUUUACUUUUCACCUGCCUUGCAGCAUGGUCCGGGGACAAGUGGCAUAUGGAUAUGGCCAUGGGUCAGCGCGGGAUGUACUUGGCGAUGCUGGCUCAUUCCGGAAUGCUGGAUGCUGAUGAUUUGUCUAUCGACGUCAGCCAAUGUAAGCAAGAAACAGAGAAGGCCUGGGAAAAGUGGAAACAGCAGGAGGCCAAACGAAGACUUGCACAUUCUUGGGUUACCGUCGACCAAGAGAUGAGUCUCUUCUCGGACACAACACCAUUGUUGUCUGUAGUGAACCUACAUGCACCUAUGCCAGAUUCUGACGAUCUGUGGCAUGCCGAGUCUGCCGAGAGUUGGUUGCAGCUCUUUGAAAAGGUUCACGGGGCCACUUACCAGGCCCCUGCAUCGCUUCGUGAUUUCUUCACCAGCUUCGUGGAUGGCGAGCUAGCUGGCAGAGAAUUGUCUCCCACCCAGCUUCGAUUGCUCUUACAUCCUCUCCAAGCCCAGGUCUGUCAGUUGCGUCAAUUCAUCGCUUGCCUACCAGACGGCGGUAGCCAUGCAAAGGGAUCACGCUCUAUCUCGAAGGCGGCAUCCAAGGCUCGGCUAGAAGAAAUAUCUUCCUUGUUGCAGCACUGGUACUCGAUCAGUAAGCAGAGCUUCUCCGGUAACACGGGAACCUGUUGGACGACUUGCGCCAAUCUCAUUAUGUAUCACCUAAUAUCUUUGAAUGCCAUCACCAGCUUCAAAGAUAUCGAGCAAUUUGCGCGGCGAGACGUCUCUUUGGGACCAUUCCGAUCCGCAUCUUGGCUCCAGAUGCGCUGCAUAGACCAGCCCGAGGAGGUAUACUUCCAUUGUGGCCAAAUCCUACGGCUGAUCCGUUCGAUGCCUCAUCCAGUCCGACCACCAUGGUGGGCUGGGGCAAUCUAUCGGGCGGCCUUGACUGGUUGGGCUACAAGCAUGGCAGGCAGCAGUGGGAGAUUCUCGCCAACGCAGUCUCAGGGAGAGACUGAUAGACCAUUCGCCAUCGACGACCUCACCCCAGAGAACGAAGCCAUUAGUCGGUAUAUGAAAUAUCAAGAAGGCACACCAAUGUUGUCGAGGCCUGACGGGACAUUGGCUCCGGUUGAGAUUCCCUCAAACAUUCUUCAACAGUGCGUCGAAAUUCUGGACGAUGAUUCGUCGAUGCGGCUGGCUGAUGGAAUCAAGCGAAAACUGCGAAUGUUCAUGGCCAGCUGGAAGGACCUUUGAGACAACCUCACUGCUGUUGAAGCUGUGGGCGUCGACUCGCUCGUUCUUGCACCAGAAAAGGUGUUGUACAACCAACAAAACCUUACCUAAUAUCUUGUUUGAUGAUGCGACAUAGUGGGCGUGAUGUUACCGCCGUGUAUAUAUGAGAGAUAUCUUAUGUCCUUGAUGAUGUUGAUGACGGCAUGCUGGGGCGUUUUGGAAAAUAAAGAGUUUCAGGUUGUGGGACUGGUAAUGGUGAAUACGGGGGACUGCAGGAAUGCUGUGGGCGGAGAUUCUGUUUCUCGUGUGGUGUACUGGACCGAUCGUUCCAUCGUAUAUGACGAUGGUGGCAUCGGCUACUGGCUGUUAGUUUUGGACACAGAUUGAAGUGCUCUGGGUAUGCACAUCACGUUUUUAUGAGAAGCCCACAUGCAAGUCUGGGGGAAUGUUUAUA